AUGACGGGUCGUGGUAAAGGCGGUAAAGGUCUAGGCAAAGGAGGCGCCAAGCGUCAUCGGAAAGUUUUACGUGACAACAUCCAAGGUAUCACAAAGCCGGCUAUCCGUCGCCUUGCACGCCGUGGCGGUGUUAAACGUAUUUCUGGCCUCAUUUACGAAGAAACUCGUGGUGUGUUGAAAGUGUUCCUCGAGAACGUCAUUCGUGAUGCCGUUACCUACACUGAACACGCCAAAAGAAAGACGGUGACGGCAAUGGAUGUUGUAUACGCAUUGAAACGCCAGGGUCGUACUCUGUACGGUUUUGGUGGUUAA